AAUACUCCAGUAGAGGCCAGUGUAGAAUUUCAAAACUCACUCUCAGCAGUCAAGUACUACGAGUAUCGUAUGGCACAUAUAUCAGUUUAUUUCGCGAUUCUGUAUUUUCAUUUAGGUACUUUCUCAGUACUUGGACUUUUUCGUGUUUUUUGUUGGUGCACUUGCGUGCAUUGUGAUAUUUUUGGUGGUCUAUUUUAUCGGUAUUGAAAAAUUUUGGAUUUUAUGUGCUUUUGUUUUUCUAGUAGUGAUAUAGUUCUGUUAUAUUACUUACAUUACUGUUCAUCAUGUAUCUUGCAUCUGCGGUUGUAUUUGUUAAUGUUAUCAUGAUUCAAUUGGUACAAAUUCCAACAGCUGAAGGCUUAUCCAUCAACUGGUAUUGGAAAUUUCCUGCGACAGAUAUUCUUUAUACGCCACAAUGGAACAUAGAAACGGUUGUUUCAAAGUGUCCUGAAUGCGAUUGCAGAACAUAUACUCGAAAAAAGAGGAUUGCUGGAGGAAUAGUAGCCGAAGAAAACGAAUUUCCUUGGAUGGCUUCCUUGAAAUUGGCAUACGGCCAAAGUUCAAUUGGCGGAGCUACGGUUAUCACAAAGCAGCAUGUAUUAACUGCUGCACACUGUGUGCAAGGGUUCACUGCAGAAGAAGUUGUAGCAGUUUUGGGUAAACAUUAUCAAAAACAAUAUGAAAUCAACCGAAAAAUAGUAGGUAUCAAAGAGAUAAUUCAACACCCGGGAUUUGAAUUUAAAAGAAAAUCUGGAGAUAACGACAUCGCAAUUUUGAAAUUAAACCACCCGAUAUCAUUCAAUACCCCGCAAAUUCAACCAGCAUGCCUACCAAGUUCUGAAAAUGAAGAUUACGCUGGUUACUUUGGCACCGUUAUUGGAUGGGGUUUCACUGACGAUAAGUAUUCUACAACUAACGGGAUACAGAAAGUGGACGUUCCUAUCAUUCCGACUAAUGAUUGUAGGAAUAAUUAUAUUCGUCGAAACACGUCGUUUUCAGUAACUGAUAACAUGAUUUGCGCUGGUGGUUUUAAAGGACAAGAUACCUGUAGGGGUGACAGUGGCGGACCUUUACACAUCAAUCUUGAUGGACUUGGAACCAUGAAAGUUGUUGGGAUUGUUUCUUGGGGUACUAACUGUGGUGAUCCGGGAUACCCUGGCGUCUAUACUCGAAUUGAUAGAUAUAAACGUUGGAUAAAUGACAACAUAAGAGAAGAAUGUUUAUGUGAAAUUUGAAAAUAAUUAAAUUAAAAAAUUGUCUUAUAUUUUGUUUCCAUGCAAAUGCCAUGUUCCUUACCUAUUUAUGAUUAAGUAUGUAUCGUAAUUUUAAAAUCUCAGAAACGAAUUGUGUAAAACGAUCUUAUGUAGGUACCUAUGCUUUUACAAAAUUUGAUGUGAUUUUUAAGUUACUUGUAAAGGUACUCGGUAUAAUAAUGGUAAAAUUAUAAUUUUCGUACCUAAGUACCAAGUAAGGUAAAGUGGGGUAAUUCCGAUGGCAAAAUUCAAAAUUUUAGCAAUUUCUCAUUUUUUGGAUUUCCUGUACAUUUUGGGGCAAAACUGAUGUAACAACUUUAUUCCUGCGUCCUUCAGCUACACAUUGACUAUAUUGAAGAGUGAUUUGUGUGAAGGCUUCAUACAUAUAAUUGAAAAAACAUUUUGGAAGGUUGAGUCAUCAGAAUUACCCUAAAAAUGGGGUAAUUCCGAUAAUGAGUUUUAUAAGGAAAGGAAUUCUCCCAGGGUAAUUCCGAGCCAGUAAUGUUGAAAUAUACCAUUUAUUGCAUAUUUAGGCUUUUAUUUCAUGUAAAUUGAAUCAUUAGAACAAAAAUUAAAAUUUUUUUACAAAUAUGCAUUUUUGAGGCAUAAUUUUUGAAAACUGGAUCAACUAGAGAAAAAUGCCCCGUUUUGAGGAUUUUCUUUGAUAAUUUCGACCCUCUAAAACUAUAAUACAUCAAAACAGAGAAAAAAACAUUGGAGGACAACUUUGCUGGGGCUAUCGGAAUUACCCCGCGGCAUGAAAAUGAUCAACAUGUUUAAUAAUUCAAUGCCACCAAACAAAUAAUUAUAAAAGCAAAAUCAAAAGAGGUACUGACACUUUAACACAUAUUCAUCAAAUAUCAGCUUCUAAACAGAAUUUUUCAACAAGUUUUGAACGAUAAAAACGAGUUUCAAAAGUGCACUGUUUUUUGUGGCAAAGGAUUUGGGCAUUCAGAUUUUGAACACUGCACACACUUGACAAAACAGAGCAGAUGAACCAUCUGAUCAUUAAUGGGUGUAGGUUAGCACUAAAACUACCUACUUUCUUCAUCAUUUGUGCCAAAAUGGGUUUUGCAACAAAGCCAGGGCUUGCUAUCGGAAUUACCCCAUAUCGGAAUUACCCCACUUUACCUUACCUACAUAAUGCAUUUGAAGAGUGAUAUUCCAAAACUCGCUUUGUCCAUUUUCACAACUUUUCAGGAGAGAGGAAAAACAGUUUCCCUUUAAACAGGUAAAUUGACUUUUUAGGCGAGUUUAGCACUUUAUUUGGGUGGAUUUAUGAUGUAGGAGUGUAGGUAUACAUUUCAUCCACUAAAUACUGCUGAAAAAAAUUUCAAUAAAAAUGGACAAAGCGUGUGAGAGAGGGCAGAUUGCCCCCACUGCCAAAGGUAGUGCUUAUAUUAUGAGCCCCUUAUAUUGAAAAUAUUGGUAACGUCUGAAAUACUUUAGAAAUAGGCUAAGUACAUAUACAGUUGCGAUGUACUCGCGCAUAUAGGGCUGCGCACCCUUCUUAGUUAAAAGGGUUCGCGGCACCUUUGACAUUUAUAGCCCAAGAUAGGGAUUUUGGGCAUAAAUAAGGAAAGUCACAUAAAUUCUCCAAUUUAUGUGUAAGUAAAUGUACUUAGCAAGUGCGUGAUUGGUCCACCACAUUUGGGGGUGGGAGAUUGACCAUUUUACGCUGCUUUUAUAAUACUGAUCUUCGCUCCAAGAAAUUACUUGAGUUCGGAUAUUCGCAAUAGUAGGUUCUUAUGUCAACGUUAAUAAAAGGUGCCAUGGACGCGCUCCUUUAUAGGAGAGACCAUGGUACAGUUCUUUUUCAUUUAACACCAUCUCGCGCAUGGUUAAUACUACUGAAUAAUUAUAGAUUAAUCGAUCUUCCAUCGAUUAAUAACGAGUGUACCUUUUUGGUGUUGGGGAAUGCACCCGGGCAUGUCCUCAUUACGCAAAGUGUUACAAGUGCCUUUUUUGGUUAAGUUCCAUCGACGCCCUUAAGUAUUAGGUGGGCUAUAGAAGAGAUGGAAAACGUGUACAGUUCAAGUAAGUGGUGCUUGCACCUACUUCGUUUUAUUUUUAGCCUUUUUUCCCAUAGAAGUGCAGACCUUGGUGUCGAACUCUAUGGUGACCAAAAUCAUGUGCUUUUCGUGUAAAUAUUUCAUUUAUGUGUUUAUUCUCGUGUAUAUAAUACCAUGUGCCUAUUUUCGCAUAUCCUAUCUGUUGUGUCUUUUAGGGUAAAAUCUUAUAAUUAGGAUUAUUGUCUUUUUCAUAAUGACCCACAUCUUGUAAAUAUGUGAGGUCAUUCUUAUGUUUAAAUUCAUCCGGUUGCUUACUCUCUGUCAAAACCUUAGCUUAUGGAGUAUUCGAUGAAUUUAUGUAAAAAUUGUAAAUUCAAAUUCAUGUAGUAAGUAAAUCAGAUUCGUAUUUAUUACAUGUGUUUCUUUAAAUGAUGUAUAGUGAGUUUAGUCAAACUACACCCUUCUGAGCUAUCUAGGUAUUGGCAAAUAUUCCCCGCCUAAGGAAUAUUUCUAAAUUUAACCCCCAUAGUAGUCACUCUUGUCUACCCCACCUCUCAGUAGUUAGGUUAGAUUCCACUAUAUCACGUGUUUUGGAACAUUAUUUUUUUUUUAAUUUUUAGUGAAUUGGAUAUUUAGGUGAGUUAAACACCUCAUUUUGGUAGGUUGAUGUUGUAGGAAUGUGAGUUGAUACUUCAUCUACCAGGUACCACUGAAAACCCAACUUUGAUAAAAAUGGACAAAGCGAGUUUUGGAAUAUCACUCUUCAUUUACUCAUCUCUAUUCAAAAGUUGGUUCACGUUGAAAAAAAAAGCACCUACCUAGUAUAAGGGGCUUCCUGUGAAUACUUUAUUUCUCAAAUAAGUACGAGUACAUGAUUCAAGAAUAUUUUGUGGUGUUUUCAUCUUACCAACAGUGUAAAAGACUAGAAUGCAAAAUUUUUCCAUUAGGUAUGGCAUGGCAUGUUAACUCUUGAUAAUCGAUUUUUAUCAUUUUCAAUUCAAGUUAUUGAAAAACACAAAUUUUUCGGGUUUUGCGCUUGAUUUUUCCACGAAAGGAGUGAUUUUUCAACUCGUAAGAGCGUAAAAUUUUACAAAGAAAUUUUAUGUAAGAAGAGACUUUAUAAUGAAGUAGGUACCUAAUAAAGUACAUAGGUAAGAGCCUAAACAAUGUGGUCAUACGUA